AUGGAAAACAAGAAGAAACGCCAAGAUAUAGCAGUGCUGCAGAGAGAGAGAGGGAGAGAGAGAGAGUUCUGCGAUCAAGUGAAACGUUUUGAGGGUUUUAUCCUCGAGAAUGAGGCGAAAGAGGAAGGCACUGAUGAAAAAUUCUUCGAAGAACUGAAACUGAAAGAAGAAGAAGAAGAAGAAGAAGAAGAAGAAGAUGUGAAGGAAUUGGAGAAGCUGAAACAACAAUACGCAGAAAUCAUACCCAAACUUGGGGACAUGGAAGAGAAGGUGGACAAAUAUAGUAUCUGUGAGUCUUACCUCCUGCAAAUUACCAGCCUACUGCCACCAGGUUAA